CGGGAGGGGGGUGGGGCAGCCUUAGCCACCCACGGCCUGGAGCCUGGGAGGACGAGGAGCGACGCCAGGCUACCCGCCUCGUCACAACUUGCCCAGACAAGACACACUUUAUCUUGCACCCUGGAAGAAGGAGCCCGCCUGCCUCUCCCUGCUCGGUUGCUCCGAGAGCCCCGCCUCUGCGCCAGAAGCAAUCCCGGGAUCUGGGGCCCCGGCGACGCCUCGUGGCUAGCAGCGCCCGGCUUUCGCCCAGGAGCGCGCAGCUGCGGUGCUGGAAACAGCGGUGAGCAACACACCUCUCUUAUUCCCGCUGAUCCCGCCAGCCCAGUGGAUGGAGCCCAGAAUUCACAAACCUGCCAGGAAAGAAAAAAAAAUUCCUGAUGGUUGGUCCAAGCAGGGCCUCCCUGGUGGAUUGAGGAGGGAUGCCUGGCUUUUCCUCAGCGCCUUGAUCUCCGCGGUAACCACUGGCAGCUUCCUGAGGAACCCCACGAUGAGAGGCCUGGGGUCUGCAGGUCACUGCUAGAACUUUUUAAAGAAUGCAGCACCGGCACAAGGUUGUCAGGCCCCUGAGCGCAUGCUGAACGCGCGUGGGCGGAUACGCCCAGUGCUCCAGGUCGGGGCUGGGCGCUGCCAUAGCAACGUCCUGGACGCCCAGAUCUUAAGCUGCCGCCGCCGCCGCCGCAGCGGGGGUCUGGGCCUUCGCGGGCUCACGAGGGGAGUGGCGGCGGCGGCCCCGAGACGGCCCGGGCCUGGUAGAGUACACUGCCCCGCCCCUGCAGCGCAAGCUUAGGCAGAGGACCCGACUGGCUUGCAAGCAUGCCCUUCCAGAAGCACGUCUAUUACCCUCUGGCCAACAGCCCCGAGGGGCCCGACGCCUCUGCUGCAGGCGCGGCCCCCAUGGCCUUUGUCCCCCCCAGAGCGGCAUCGGGCCCCCUGCCCUUCUUCCAGUUUCGGCCGCGACUGGAGAGCGUGGACUGGAGGCGGCUGAGCGCCAUCGACGUGGACAAGGUGGCGGGCGCUGUGGACGUCCUGACGCUGCAGGAGAACAUCAUGAAUAUCACCUUCUGCAAGCUGGAGGAUGAGAAAUGCCCACACUGCCAGUCAGGGGUAGACCCAGUGCUGCUGAAGCUGAUCCGCCUGGCGCAGCUCACCAUCGAAUACCUAAUGCAUUCGCAGGAGUUCCUCACCUCGCAGCUAAACCUGGUGGAGGAGAGGCUGCGCCUGAGCCUGAUCGACUAUGAGCAGAGCAAGCAGCUGCUCACCAAGCAGGCUGGCGAGAUCAAACUUCUUAAGGACGAGUGUAAGCGCAGGAAGAAGAUGCUGUCCACACAGCAGCUCAUGAUAGAGGCCAAAGCCACCUAUUACCAGUGCCACUUCUGUGACAAGGCCUUUAUGAACCAAGCUUUCCUACAAAGCCACAUUCAGCGCCGCCACACCGCAGAGUCUCACCUUGGUAAGGCAGAAUAUGAAAUGCAGAAGACGAAAGAAGAUGACUUUCUGAAGUUGUUUGAGAGGUGGAAAGAGGAGGAGAAGGAGAAGCUGCUCGAGGAAAUGGAAAAGGUCAAGGAGAUGUUCAUGAAGGAAUUUAAAGAACUGACUUCUAAGAAUUCGGCGUUAGAAUAUCAAUUGUUAGAAAUACAGAAGUCCAAUAUGAAGUUCAAGUCCAACAUCGGCUCCUUGAGAGACGCUCAUGAGUGUAAAGAAGAUCACCUCCCGAGUCCCCAGGAUCUCCAGAACAUGCUUCAGCUCCUGGACAGCCAGGCGAACAAGUGGACAGAUCGAUUUCAAGUUCUCAGUGAGGAUCACAGCAAGGAGAAGGUACAGCUCCUGUCACACAUAGAGAAGCUUCGCAGCUCGAUGAUGGAGGAUCUAAGUGCAGACAAUGUUUUCUACAAGAGGCGGGUAGAAGAGUUAGAUCAGAAGCUCCAGGAGCAGAAUGAGCUGAUCCUCAGUCAGAAGCAGCAGAUUAGAGAAUUCGCCAGUAAACCAUACAGCAGUGUCGGUGAGCUGAAAGGGAAUCCUCCUCUAACCCGGCAAGCCCUGGACUCUAAGCCAGCUGGCCCUGCUGCAGCCAGGAAUGCCUCCGCCACACAGACUCUGGAUGGUGCACCCAGCCUGACCAUGGUACAUGAGCAGGCGUUUCCGUCGCACGUACUGGAACCCAUAGAAGAGCUUUCGUCAGAGGAGGAAAAAGGACGAGAAAAUGACCAGAAAUCAAGUAAGAAGACACAUCUAAGGAAAACUUGGAAGAGCAACCUCUCCUCAAAGGGGCUGAGGACAAACUUGGAGAAGGAGCUGGGGAAGAAGCUGAGGAACCUUGGGAUUAACUCAGACAUCCACGGCAUUCCCUGCGAGAUCUUGACCAGGUCUCUGAAAGCCAUGCAGUCAGCCAGACAUGAUCUAGCAAAACAAAUGCCCGACAUACAGCAAAUUCGAGAAUCCCUCGAGCAUCAGCUGACCUGUAAAAUCGAGGAGAAGGUGUCGCUAUCUUCAGAUAGGUUCAAUGUCCCUCUCAUGACCACAUUGCCAGCUGAAAAAGUCCCCAAAGCCUCCCAGCUUCCCCCGCAAGGCAGACCAUUGAUCAGACAGAGGACCGUGUUUACCGAUAAGGUGGCUGUCCCAAAAUUUAAGAAAAGUGCCAAAGAAAAUCAUUUUCUCAGAAAGUUUUCAUCUACCAAGACGCCGCCCUUCAGCUCUGAGGAGGAGCUGGAUGAAGAGGACUUCAUCCCGGCAUACAUGUCCCCAGACUUAUUUACCCUCCAGCCGUCUAAGAGUAAUCUGAGCAACUUUGGGAAGAGUUCUGUCAAAAGUGAUACUGACUGGACAGAGGGAAGCGAGAUGGAGGACUCAGAUGUUUCCCCAAAGCCCACGGGAACCUCUGUUAAGAUACAAACUGAAAAUGUUGAGAGCAUGGUUUUACACCAAGGAAGUGGGAAUAAACCAGUUACUGGAAUGAAUAUUGCUGAGACACUUAUCAAAAAGGAAGAAUUGCAAGAAUUAAAGUGCACAGAUGGAGAUGAGGGUGGCUGGGACAUAUCAUCCUUAGAGGAAGAGAAGUCUUUGGAGAAAAAGCUAGAACCGAGGGAACCCCCACCUGUGAAGAGAGAUCUAAAUUCCGGUCAAGUGCCAAGGGCCUGGGGCCCAGUGAACCCUCGGGAAUUCAAGGAAGAAGGUCUUCAGGACAACGAAUCGAGCACCCCGAAAAGCAGCCUAGUGACUGUGACUGACUGGAGUGAUAUCUUGGACGUGUAGCUACAGUUCCACGUCAGAGAACGGCUCCAGCAGCCAGCAGCAAGUCGGCAACAGCCUCUAGGAUUCCAGCGCUCCUUAGCAUUCCCACCGUACAAGGAAGCUCAUUCAGAGCAAGGGUGUCUCUGACGACACGUACCGCAGAAUUGAAAACUGUCGGCUGUGUAGAGUCAAGAUGUCCUUUAAGUCAUAAAAUGUGUUUUCUUCAGUACGGUACUCUAGUGUUAAAUGUAUUUUUUCAACUAACUUUUAAGUCUUUUUUUUUUUAACUGAUAGUAGGCUUUGACUUGACUUGCUGUAGCUUUUUAAAGUCUGUCUGUGCGGUCACGUCGGUAGCUUUUCUGUUACAAACGCUGUUAAGUCUCUUCAAAAUUGAAUUAGUGAUGCCAGUGACACCCUACGUGUUAAACUGGUUGUUUUCUGUAUACAGUCCGUCUAGAAUGGUAACAAUUAGCGAGGCCCAUGCUAAAUACAUUUCCCUGAAGUACCCUGAUCCCACGGCGCUCCGAGGCCCUCUUAGCAUGUUGUUACUGACCAGUUAUUUUCUGCGGUGUAAUCUUUAUCUCGGAUAUUUUAUGAAUAGCGUGCACCUGUUCUAAAUGCCAACUGAUUUUUAUGAGAUGAUCAUUAGAAAGCGAUGAGCCAUUCCCGAGUCACACGUGUGUGUAGUUUCUGUGUUCUUCAGUACCCAGCCCAUUAUAAAAUACCUCAGAACUAAUUUAUAUUCUUGAACAAUGAUCUCGGCAAUGAUCAGAAAGUUUAUAUAUAAACUGUUUGCUUGCUUUUCUUUCCUUUUUCUUAAUUUUUUUCCUUUUUUUUUAAAAAUAGUUUUUAUACUUUGUAGUACCAUUAGGACUCUAUCUCAGAAAAAAAAGAAAGGUAACAUUUUAAUAGCUUGUUGAUUUGGGUUUUCUAUCAUCCAUCAACAGUGCCAGUAAAGUCCUCCCUGACACCCUGUGA